CUUGUAGACAAAGACCUCGAUGCAUCAAUUGUAUGGUUUUGGAAAGCGAUCAACAAUGGUGAUCGAGUCGACAGCGCCCUCAAGGACAUGGCAUUGGUUAUGAAGCAACAAAAUCGGCCUGAAGAAGCCAUCGAAGCCAUCAAAUCUUUCCGACAUUUAUGUUCCAAGUACGCACAAGAAUCCCUUGACAAUGUCCUUAUUGACCUCUGCAAGAAAUGCGGGAUGAUAGAAGAGCAAAUUGAAUUGCUAAAGAAAAAACUGAAGUUGAUAUUCACUGGCGAGGCCUUCAAUGGAAAGACAACUAAAACUGCUCGUUCUCAUGGGAAAAAGUUUCAAGUCUCAAUAGCCCAAGAGACUUCUCGUGUGUUGGGAAACUUGGGGUGGGCAUACAUGCAACAAGGAAAAUGUAGGGCAUCAGAAGCAGUCUAUCUCAAGGCACAAAUGAUCGACGCUGACGCCAACAAAGCCUGCAACCUCAGCCUCUGCCUCAUCAAACAAGGCCGAUUCGAGGAAGCACGAAGCGUUCUUCUCGAUGUUCUGAAAGGAAGGCUGCCGGCGUCAUCGACCGAUGGCAAGAUCAUGAGGCGAGCGGCAGAGUUGCUCCACGAAACCGAGUUGCAUUCACGACUCGGCGGUCAGAACUCGGGGAAGAACAUGGAGGAGGAAGUGAUGGAGAGGAUCAGUGUUCUGAUAAAUGAAUGGGCUCCAUUAGAAUCUAUAUUUGAUCACAGUGCUAUCAUUGAGGAGAUCAGCCAUCAAAGCGAUGGGAUUGCAUGUUAAGUGUUCUGUAAUUAUAUAUGUAGAUAGGAAGAUGUUUAUCAGAUAGUUCUGAUGCAUUGUUUGUUGUCUCAUGAAUAAGGGUUGGGCGAUGUGGGACUAAAGUUUGUGAAGAUGGAGGGAAGUUGAUUUAUAUAGUUGAAAGUUUAGACAUAUAUUUGCAUGUUCAUUGUGGUUAAAUACAAUACUUGUAAGAGGUGCUUGCUGUAAAUAACUUCUUUA